AUAACGUCAGGUGUAACAGGGCAAUCGGCCCAAUUCAGAUGGGCCUUUCAGCCCAUUCUUCUUUCUUAAAUAUACAAAACAGCGAGUCCAUACAAUUUGAUGCUUUGAGAAAGGAAGAGGAGUAAGAGAAACCAGUUGCGUUGCUGAGAAAGGUCUCUUUUGUAUGGGAGUAUGCUGAAACUAGUUUCUGAAAUGUUGUGCGCUCGAGGAGGUCAGAAGAUGAGGCCUUUUCUAUGUACGCAAAUUAGUGGCUUGCAUACUUCAAAGCCUUGCUUAGCACCUAGAAGCUUUUUCGGGGUGGAAGAUUUCGUUGAUGAUGACAAUAGCCGGCCAUACACUUACCAGAAGGGGAAAAAAUCGAAGAACCCCAACAAGCAUGUUUCUUUCAAGCAACGGACCGUAGCUUACAUGGAACCGUUCACACUUGAUGUUUUCAUAUCAAAGCGCUUUGUUUCAGCCUCAAUCACCCAUAGAGUUACAUGCAAGCAGGUUGCAGUAGCUGGUACAAACUCCAAAGAUAUCAAGGCAGUGCUGAAAUCACGAAGUGAUAUUCCUGCGUGCUUAUCUGUCGGCCAGAUUUUGGCCGACAGGGCAAGAGAGGCUGAUGUCUACACCGCUUCUUAUACUCCUAGAGAUAGGGACAAAUUCGAAGGUAAAAUUAGAGCAGUUGUUCAGUCCCUCAUUGAUAAUGGUAUCGACAUCAAAGUUUAUCUUGACUGAAAAAGGUACUAUGGCUACCCAUAGUAUCCAAAAAUAUUAAACCACCUCAAAGUUAAGAACCCUUAAUCGAGUCUACUUGAUAUUUCUUUUAGUCUUUGAUUUUCAUAAGCCCCUCAUUGUGUAGAAGACUGGCUUACUCACUUCUUUUGAUUGAUUGGUUGACCUACGCCAUCUUUACUAGAGAAGACUAAGUAGCGCGGAGCCUUGACCUGAAUUGGAUAUAUGUAUCCAAUCUUGCUGCUUAUGCCUGGAUAGUAUUAUCAUUGUGCGUUUUCAUCUUUUGUUCCGCUGUCAUCAUCAGAAGCUCCAAGGACCAACACAGCUAGGGAGCAAUAUCAGAGGCUUACUAGUGCAUCAUCCCCUAUGUACAUAACUACCAAUACAACUGUACGGCUCGGUGUACGACUGUUGAACUUGAUUUGGAAGGAUGAAGUGGGUUUACACAUUUUUGUUUCUUUUAUUGACAAAAUGUUACCUUAGUUAAUGUAGCAAGUAAGAUUGUGAGGAAGAAUGUAAAUCAAUUAGGAAGAAUGGAGUUCUAUCUAUUGCACUUUUUCUAUCCAAUUUUAAAUGUAUGUGUUUGGCUGAACAUACAAUUUAAGAUGUGAAUUUAAUAUUAUAUUAUAUUAGUAAUA